GCCCUUUAUGCCCUACCGCCCGCGAGCGUAUCACUCCGCCGCGAGCCCAGCAGCCAGCAGCGGGGCGGCCGGGCGGAGGGGCCGCCGCACCUGGUGAUGGGGCUCGCUCGGGCACGGGGACUACUUCUGCUCCCUCCCCCCGCACGCAGAACUCUCCAGAAGGGGGAGGGGAGCGCGGCGGCGGAAGGAUAUGAGCCGCUGAAGAGGGGGGUUCACUGUUGUCCCAGUCCUGUCCAGCUAUGUCUGGGAUCCAUAGCUCAGUUUCAGAGAUUUUUUUCGCCGUGGCCCCAUUCUCUCCCCAUUUCCAGUCUCCAGCAGCAUCCUGUUGGCUCCACUCCUCUCCAUCUUCAGAUGCCUCAUGAUGUGGACAGGCCCAAUGGCCCAGCUCACCCCCUCAUCUCAAAACCCCGGGGGAAAUGGGCUCAGUACACAAACUACAUUUGCAUUGUUCUCUGUAUGUUGGUGCUGUAUCUCAAGGAGGAGAGCCUUUAUCAAGCUGCACAGUGCUUCACCUUCCACUUCAUGGCCCUGCAGAUUGGAGCACUGCUCAAAGGGGUCUGCUACUUCUCAGAAGAAAUCCACCACGUCAGAUCCAGGUACUGUGGCAGUUACUGGAGGGCACUGAACGCUUGCCUGAAUGUGGAGCGGCAUGUGCCCCUGAUGCUGAUCUGUGGGUGCGCCUACCUGACCCUGCUCAGCCAGAAUGGGCUCCAGCUUUGUCUCAGCCUGAUGCUUGUAUGCCUCUGCCAGCUCCUCAACACUGCUUUCAGGCUUCACAGACCCAGUACAGUGGAAAUUUCUGAAAUCUGUGAAAAGUACAACCGCAAUGUAGCCUAUGGACUAGCCUGGUCCUAUUAUGUUGGCUAUUUAAAAAUAGUGCUGCCACGCCUUAAAGAUUCAAUAGAAGAGUUCAACAGAACCAAUAACAAUUUGCUAAAAUGGAAGGAAACCUGGAAAUUGCACAUCCUGAUCCCACUCAGCUGUGAGAUAUAUGAUGACCUGCAAAAAGCUGAUAGCAACAUCCAUUUCUGGAGGGAUCUCCCAGAGCUGAGGCUGGACCAAGCUGGCACUAAGGGAAGAGUGUACAAGCAAAAUGUCUAUGAAGUUAUAGAUGAAGACAGAAAGCUGAAUUACUGCAUUGUGGAGUAUGCCACCCCGCUAAAGACCCUCUUCACAAUGUCUCAUGAUGAAAGUGCUGCCUUCAGCCGGGAAGAUCGCGUGGAGCAAGCCAAGCUCUUCUACAGGACCCUGGAGGAGAUCUUGCAGAACUCCAAGGAGUGUGCAGGCUCCUAUCGGCUCAUUGUGUAUGAAGAGUCAGGAGCCAGUGAGGGCCAUUUCCUGUCAAAGGAGAUCCUAAGACACAUCAGGCAACAGCACUGCGAAGAAUAUGCCAUGUGCAACGGGAAUCACCACAACCCACAGCCCACAGAUGUCUUCUCUACGGAGCCCAACCUCCUGAUCAGCGAUUCUGAGCUGCCUAGGCCUCUCCGUAGUGAUGCUUUCUGAAACGUGUACACAUGGAAGCCAGGUUUCUGUAUUCUCUUUGGGAUCUUGAAGUGAACAAGAGUACAGCACUGCAGCCUUCUUCCUUUUGCUAUGUGCACUGUUUCCCAUCAUCACACACUUUCUGAAAUCAGAGUUCUCUCAGGGUUACAUCUUUACCAUUAUUAUGGGUCAACCCUAAGCCAUAUAUAAGCUGCCCCUUCUAUUCCAUAUCAUGCCUUGCUGUGGUGGUAUGUCAAGCACAACAGGACAGACAAAAUAGUAGGCAGGCUGAUUCCUAAGAGAGCUCAGCUUGAGGAACAGAAAGCUUCCUGACCCUGUGAUGAAACUCAUCUAGGAAUCAGUCUGCUUACUACUUGUCUCUCCUGCUGUGCUUGGCUCUAAUUCUAGGCAGUAGAGAUGAGAGAUGUGGUGGAGAAGCACUGGAAGUCAACUACUGAACGCUAUGAGAUGGGUGCUGAUGGCCUUAUGUGCCAGUUUCCUCGGUACUGUCUGGGUGAAUUCUGGGUGAAUACUCUAUGGGAGGGGUGGGUGAGCUAGAGGGAAGCUUGACUAUGAAACCUGGCCCUCAACGGGGCUUUUGGGGGUUGGGUGGCUGCUACCAAGGAUCAACUUUACAGUGGUUAAUAUAGAUAGUCAUCAUAUUUAAGUAAGAGGGCAAGCUAUAGAGCAGUCCUGAGUAGAAAUUUAGAUUUAGCCUGUUCUUCUACAGAAAGCUGAGCACCCCUUUUGUCUGAUUUUGGGGAGGUGGGAAAAUCAAACAUGACUCUUAUAAGCUACUUGCAUGCUUAACAUCUUAUUAUACCCUAAUACUUUACCUAUUGUUAUACUGCCAUACAUGUAUGGAUCUUAAGCAUCAGCUUUUUGUAAUAAACUAACUUAACAUUCUUAGCAGUUACUGCAUUUUCCUGUACUUUCAGGCCUUAGUGCUAUAUUAAGAAGACUGGUACAUAUUGUGUUUUCUCACAUGCAACAUACCCCUGAAUAUAAUAAAACACCUUGUUUUUAAGAAGGAAAAUGAAGAAGAACAUUUUUUUCCAGAGUUAUGGCUGCAUGGAGCAGGGACAGGGCCUCAUCUUUAGGUGACUCAUCCUCCCUUUCCUGCUUAACUGAAGCUCAAACCCUAGCUGCUGCUGAAGACUGAUCUCCAUGGAUGGAUUCUGAUUCUGAUUCUGAGCCAAAGAGUCUCCAAGGCUGUGAAACAGGAGGAGAGAGACCAUAAGUAGCUAGCAGACAGCAAAAUUGCCCUGGGAAAGCUUAGCUUGAUCAGUGGAACACCAAGACCAUUAAAAAGGAGAAAUUAUUAAUACCUCUGGAGGGAAGAACAAUGAACCAUAAAGUCAAUUCCUCAGCUUCCUGAAUAGUAAUGCCAUAGCUGGUGCACUGUGGAACAAGAAUCAAAGCAGGGUGGUUCUAUCCCAGUUAGAAAAUCAGCUUCCCUGCUUAAAACAUGCACCCCAAUUGUGGGGAAGCUCUUUUUUGGAGAGAAAGCUGUUUGUUGUUUGUGAGAAAGUGGUAUUUUGUAUGUGAUUUGAUACUAGAAUGGCAUCUCUUGUGAUGACAGGAGAUUGCCUUGCACUUGCUUCUCUUGGCAGUGUGGUAUUUAAGGUGUGUUCUAGUAUCUCUAUGUUUCUUGUUGGCCUGGGUUCCUUCUGUGUCACCUGCUGAUCCAGUCAGAAUUGCAUGCUACAUUGAUAAGACAAAAUGAGGGUAAAGAAAUGCACAAUGUACAGGUGUUUUUAGUGAAAUGUAUAUUCAGCCCAUACUACAACAUAAGAGCGAGGAUUUAUCUGUUCAUUGCAUGUAGCUUACUUCCAAGUGUAUGACUAUUCUUGUGUCAGGGUAUUUAAGCUGCAGUUUUGGACCCUCCCCAAGUGGGGAGACGCAGGCAGAAAAGACAUUGCACAAACAGCUGCACUGCGGUAUGUGGAGCCCCAGCCCAGCUCGUUGCCAGC